ACAAGGUAAUGCGGGCUUAUUUAUUGGUGAUUUUAGGUUAUGUUUAUCGUGGCGAGGAAAACCCGUGAAGUUCCGUUGAAUAAUGCAAAAAAUCACGGGGAUAAGUAUAAAUUUGCAUAAUUUGUCCAAUAAUUUAUCAGGACUAUCCCGUGGAUUGAGUCAUGUUUGCAGAAAGAGAGAUUUCUACCAGAAACACCGGGAAUGCCACAGUCAAAAAGGAGCGCCACAGAAGCUUGAAGACAUCAUUGAGACUCGACGGAAUCAGGCUAGAAGGAGUAUUGUGGUGCAGGUGUAUUCGGAGAAUUCAUUUCCGGAACUCCAUUCAUAUUGCUCCCAAUUUGGCUGCAUUGUUGGGGCACACCACUAUGGAAUCAACCAGUAUGGGGAAAAUCUCAAUUAUAUCCUGGUUGAGUUUGCGGAAGUGGAAGAAGCACUGGAAGCUGUGAGAUCUAGUGGUUUUGUUCGAGAAGCCCAAGUACUUCCUGUUCAAUCUUCCUUUAUGUACUUUGGGAAAGGAGCUUCGAGGAAGCCUAGUCAGAAUGCUAAAUUGGCUUCGGUCAAUGGCACGAAUGUUGCGAGCAAUGAGGAGCUUCAUGAAUGGCUUCAGGUGGCUUCGAGCAUGGAUGAUCAGCUGAAGAUCCUCUACAAUGCCACAAAAUUGAAUGAUUUGGGCACGAGAAUGCGCUUCUUGGCAGCUCAGCAAAUUGAAAAUGCCCUUUCGGGGAUGUUUCCCUUCGCCAGGGCUACUCCUUUUGGGUCAUCUGUCAAUGGUUUUGGGAAAUUGGGAUGUGAUCUUGAUCUCAUCCUGGAGUUAGAUAAUAUUCAUCGGUCAAAUGCUUCAUCCCGCCUCAUUUUUCACUCAAAAGAACUCACAGAUGCCCGGCAUCAGGUGCAGAAGUGCAUGGAGAGGAUAGGGGAUGUCAUGGAGCUUUUCCUGCCGGGAAUUUCAAAUGUUCGCAGGAUUCUUCGGGCCAGAGUCCCAAUUAUUAAGUAUAGGCAUGAAUUUCUAGACCUCGAGGUGGAUUUAUCCAUGUCGAAUACAAGUGGACUGUAUAUGUCGGAACUUCUCUAUCUCUAUGGGGAAUUGGAUGAGAGAGUUAGGCCCUUGACGUUUGCAAUCAGACGCUGGGCUCAUACGGUUUCCCUGACAAACUCCGUGGCUGGAAGAUGGAUCACAAAUUUCUCUCUCACAGCCCUUGUUGUGUUCUUCCUGCAGCAACUGAAGAAGCCCAUUGUGCCCUCGAUAAACUACCUGGUAGGCAAAGCAACUCCCGGAGAUACCAGAGUCACCAUAGAUGGGAUCAAUUGUACUUUUGCGCGAGAUCUGCAAAAUAUUGACUUCAGGAAGACGAAUGAGGACUCUCUGGGAAGUCUUUUGUUUCAAUUCUUUGAGUUCUAUUCCCACUUUGACUUUGCCAAUAGAGCCAUAAAUCUCAAUGAGGCCAAGAAUACCCUAAAGCCCGAUUUCUCUCCCAUGUACAUCGUCAAUCCCUUUGAGAUUAGUCUCAAUGUGAGCAAGAAUGUGAGCUUGGAAGAAGUUGAACACUUUCGGAUGGAAGUGAGGGAAGCCGCAUGGAUUCUCGAUUCCCUUGUGGAGAAGAGCACUGUAACUCCAUGGGGUCUCCUGUCGCUUCUCCUAAAAGGUCCAGCUACAGUUCCUCGGCGACCAAUGUUGGAUGUUCGGAAACUCUUCGAAGUAGUUGACAGUGAUCCGGAGGAUCCCGCGGAAGAACUUUCUGCAGAAGAAAAGGUCCCAGGAGCUAAAGAUAAGCAUCAGACAAAUGUCCUGGAAAGGAGAUAGUGAUUAAAAGACUAGUCUGUGAGCAGAAAUAAAGUUGUUUUUUAUUCAAAAA